AUGCUUCCUCAGCGAAUGAAGAAAGCCGUUACUGAUAACCCUAAAAAGCUCGCAAACUUGAUCGAUCUCGUUAACCUUCCUCCCACUCUCAGAGACUUCGUCGGUUUUGGAUAUUUGGUUGCAGACGACAGUCACAUUGAUGCAGACACACCAUAUGCUGAAGUUGAGGUCAUGAAGAUGUGUAUGCCUCUUCUCUCCCCUGCUUCUGGGAUUAUUCAUUUCAGAAUGGCUGAAGGUCAAGCCAUACAGGCUGGUGAACUUAUAGCAAGGCUUGAUCUAGAUGAUCCUUCUGCUGUAAGAAAGGCAGAACCCUUCACUGGGAGCUUCCCAAUCCUGGGCCCUCCUACAGCAAUUUCAGGUAAAGUUCAUCAGAAAUGUGCGGCAAGCUUAAAUGCUGCACAGAUGAUUCUUGCUGGCUACGAGCACAAUAUUGAUGAAGUUGUGCAAAGUUUGCUCAAUUGCCUUGACAGCCCUGAAUUACCUUUCCUUCAAUGGCAAGAAUGCUUUGCAGUUCUGGCAACCCGUCUUCCUAAAGAUCUAAGAAUUGAGUUGGAAGCUAAAUAUAAGGAAUUCGAGAUUAAUUCAAGCUCCCAAAAUAUUGAUUUCCCUGCCAAAUUAUUGAAGGGAAUUCUUGAAGAUCAUCUUUUCUCCUGUGCUGAUAAUGAAAAAGGAGCCUUAGAAAGACUAGUUGAACCUCUGAUGAGUCUUGUAAAGUCUUAUGAGGGUGGAAGAGAGAGCCAUGCCCAUAAAAUUGUACAAUCUCUUUUCGAAGAGUAUCUCUCAGUCGAAGAACUAUUUAGUGAUAAUAUACAGGCUGAUGUAAUUGAACGACUCCGUCUUCAAUACAAGAAAGAUUUGUUGAAGAUUGUAGAUAUUGUGCUCUCUCAUCAGGGUGUCAAGAGCAAAAAUAAGCUGAUACUGCGACUAAUGGAUAAACUGGUUUACCCUAAUCCUGCUGCCUAUAGGGAUCAAUUGAUCCGAUUCUCCCAACUCAAUCAUAUUAUUUAUUCUGAGUUGGCUCUUAAGGCUAGUCAACUUCUUGAACAAACUAAACUGAGUGAACUUCGAUCCAGCAUUGCACGAAGUCUUUCUGAACUAGAAAUGUUUACUGAGGAUGGUGAAAAUAUUGAUACUCCGAAGAGGAAGGGUGCCAUUAAUGACCGAAUGGAGGACCUUGUGAGCGCUCCUUUGGCAGUUGAAGAUGCUCUUGUGGGCUUAUUUGAUCACAGUGUUAACACCCUUCAAAGGAGGGUUGUGGAAACUUAUAUACGUAGGCUUUACCAGCCGUAUCUUGUCAAAGGCAGCAUCAGGAUGCAGUGGCACAGAUCUGGCCUUAUUGCUACGUGGGAGUUCUUAGAAAUGGGGAGUGAUGUGGGCAUCAACAACCAAAUGAGUUUACUUCAAGACAGUGGUGAUGAAGAUCAGGCUCAAGAAAGAAUCAAUAAGUUGGCCAAAAUACUCAGAGAGCAGGAAGUAGGGUCCAUAAUACAUGCUGCCGGUGUUGGAGAUAUUAGCUGUAUCAUACAGAGGGAUGAAGGGCGUGCUCCAAUGAGGCAUUCCUUCCACUGGUCAGCAGAAAAGCUAUAUUAUGAAGAGGAACCCUUGUUGCGGCAUCUGGAACCUCCGCUAUCCAUUUAUCUUGAAUUGGACAAACUUAAAGGCUAUGAGAAUAUACGCUAUACACCAUCCCGUGAUCGUCAAUGGCACCUCUACACUGUUGUGGAUACCAAGCCACAACCAAUUCAAAGAAUGUUUCUUCGAACACUUCUCAGACAGCCAACCACAAAUGAAGGAUACUCUGCUUAUCAAAGGGUAGAUGCAGAAACGUCUCGUACCCAAUUGGACAUGUCCUUUACUUCAAGGAGCAUUUUUAGGUCCUUAAUGGGUGCAAUGGAGGAGUUGGAACUUAACUCACAUAAUACCACCAUCAAAUCUGAACAUGCUCAUAUGUACCUCUACGUCCUACGUGAGCAACAAGUAGAUGAUCUUGUCCACUAUUCCAAAAAAAUCAACAUAGAUGCCGGUCAAGAAGAAACAACAGUAGAGACAAUCUUGGAAGAACUGGCACAGGAAAUCCAUUCCUCUGUUGGUGUAAGAAUGCAUAGAUUAGGAGUUUUUGUAUGGGAAGUGAAGCUCUGGAUUACAGCAUGUGGACAGGCAAAUGGUGCUUGGAGGGUCAUUGUAAACAAUGUUACUGGUCAUACAUCCACUGUACAUAUAUAUCGAGAAAUGGAGGAUGCCACCACUCAUAAAGUGGUUUACAGUUCAGUCACAGUAAAGGGUCCACUGCAUGGUGUACCAGUGAACGAAAACUAUCAACCUUUGGGAGUUAUUGACCGAAAACAUCUCGCAGCAAGAAAGAGUAGCACCACAUACUGCUAUGAUUUUCCCCUUGCGUUUCAAACAUCCUUGGAACAGUCAUGGUCAAUUCAACAUACAGGAGUUCAAAGAGCCAAAGAUAAGGAUCUCUUAAAAGUAACUGAGCUUAAAUUUUCAGAGAAAGAAGGUAGCUGGGGUACUUCUCUUGUUCUUGCAGAGUGUCCUCCUGGACUUAAUGAUGUUGGCAUGGUAGCCUGGUUGAUGGAAAUGUGUACUCCUGAAUUCCCAUCUGGAAGGACAAUAUUGGUUGUUUCGAACGACGUUACAUUCAAGGCUGGUUCUUUUGGCCCAAGGGAGGAUGCCUUCUUUAGAGCAGUAACUGAUCUUGCCUGUGCUAAGAAAAUACCUUUACAUAGAUAA